GCGUCUUGGCCCUGCCUUCUCCCCGUCUACCGGCAGAGGUCGACCCUGCUUCUCCGGCACCGAGUUGGCUCCGAAGCGAAGCGGCGGGAGCUCUUGACAUCACAUCCAAGCUCCUCCUGCGCACGACCCCUUCCAGCUCUUCAACUCCCCCCUUUCUCUCCCCCAAACAAAACAUUUCCGCUGGCGAGAGUCGGCCGUAAACCUAGGCGGGCAGGGCUGGGGAGGAACGGGAGAGGUCAAGAGCAGAAGUCGACUCGAAGCCGCCUCAGCAGAGCGCGAAGCCCGUCUCCCCGGGGGUUUUUCUGUCGGCUGGCAGGAGACAGAAGCCGCUUCGGCCGCUCUCUUCCAGAAGCCCCGCCGGGACCGAAGAGGCGCCCCUUUGGCCAGGCUCGCCAGCCGAAGUCCUCCCGGUUUUCCCUGAGCAGCCGGGGGCUGCCAAGAGGCGUGAGGCGAGGCAGGCGGACCACGGGCUCGGGGGGGCCGCCAGCUCCGCGCCGCGCCGCACAGGCGAAAUGCCAGCCUUGGGGUUGCAAAGGUGAGAGGCGCUCGCCCACCUUUGCUCGGCUUAGCGCGCCGAGCGGCGUGUGUCCCCACGCGCCUCCCCCCGCGCGCGCUCGCUCGCCCCCAUGCAGACACGCGCACGGGGGGGCGAGCCGGAGCCGCCGAAGAUGGCAAUGUCUGUGAUCCAAGCGUGCCGCAGUCUGGCUCUUUCAACAUGGCUGCUUUCCUUUUGUUUCGUGCAUCUGCUCUGCCUGGAUUUCACCGUGGCCGAAAAAGAAGAAUGGUACACGGCCUUCGUGAACAUCACUUAUCCAGAUCCCGCCGGCGGCGGCGGCAGCGGCGGCGGCAGCGAGCUGCGUAGCGAAAAAACGGAGUGUGGCCGCUACGGGGAACACUCGCCCAAAAAUGAGGUCUGGGGGCAGGUGGUGAUGACCUCGGCGACCGCUGACAGGCAAGCUUGCGACCCUAACGCUAGGUUCGCCGUGCCGGGCUCCGGCAAGCUCUGGAUCGCCCUUGUCCCUAAAGGGAACUGUACUUACAAGGACAAGAUUCGGCACGCCGCCUCUCAAAACGCCUCGGCCGUGGUCAUCUACAACGUCGGUUCCAGCAAUGCCAACGAGACGAUUACGAUGCCCCCCGCAGGUAUUGAUGAUGUGGUGGCGAUAAUGAUCCCUGAGCCAAAGGGAAAAGAAAUAGUAAGCCUACUGGAGCGGAAUAUUACUGUAAUGAUGCACAUAACGGUGGGAACCCGUAACCUGCAGAAGUAUGUUAGUCGUACUUCUGUGGUGUUUGUAUCCAUCUCCUUCAUUGUGCUGAUGAUCAUCUCCUUAGCAUGGCUGGUCUUCUACUACAUUCAGAGGUUCAGAUAUGCAAAUGCCAGAGACAGGAAUCAGCGCCGUCUUGGAGAUGCUGCAAAGAAAGCAAUUGGCAAACUCCAAGUCAGAACAAUAAGGAAAGGAGAUAAGGAAACUGAGUCUGAUUUUGACAACUGUGCAGUGUGUAUUGAGGGUUACAAACCAAAUGAUGUUGUCAGGAUCUUGCCCUGCCGGCAUCUCUUUCACAAAUCUUGUGUAGAUCCCUGGCUCCUAGAUCAUCGUACCUGCCCUAUGUGUAAAAUGAACAUACUAAAAGCACUAGGGAUUCCGCCUAAUGCAGAUUGUGUGGAUGACAUCCCUCCGGAUUUUGAAGCUUCUAUAGGAGGGCCCCCAACCAAUCAGAUUACAGGAGCUAGUGAUAUCACUGUGAAUGAAAGCUCCAUAGCAGUAGAUACUCCUAUCCGGACAGUUGGAGUAUUACAAGUUAUUCAGGAUGCAGAUCCCCUUCCACAGGCUGGGGAAAGUAACAAUACCACAAGCAGUGAGCAAGAACCAGCAAUAAGUAGUGAUUCAGAUAUUUCUUUGAUUAUGGCAAUGGAGGUUGGACUCUCUGAUGUGGAGCUUUCCACUGAUCAAGACUGCGAGGAGGUGAAAUCCUGAAAAAAGGAAACCAUCGAAACAUCCUUCUACUAAAUGAACAGGCAGUAGCGGGAAGAAAAAAUCAGUUGUGGUACACACAAUUAUCCAUAUACAUAUGUGCACAUAUGUAAGAUUUGGGUCAGUUGUAUAUACAUGAAUACCCAUAUACACACGUGCACAUAUGUAACUGCAAAGGCAUCUGGAACAUUAUGCGAACUCCAGUUAAUUCCAUUCUGGGAUGGUCAUGAAAAGCAAUAGUUACAGAUAUGUCUGCCUGGAUGCAGUUUCAUUAUCAAUUACAUUUGUUCAUUUCAUUGAAAAUGGAAAUUGAAAAUGGAAAUUUAAAAUGUAUUGUUCUAAUCCAUGUGCCAGAAGAAUAUGCCCUUGCUUGAUGGCUUAGAACCAUAUAACUGAAAUGAAGUCCUCUCCCCCACACACACCUUUGUUUUUUAAAAGAAAAGAAAGAAAAGAAAGAAAAGGAAUACCAUAAGAGGAUUAUAGCUGACAUUGAUGGACAUUAUUUUUCUUUCUUCUCAAUAACCCAAGCUUAUUCAAGUAUUCAGUUCAGAGAUCUGAACAUUAUGGUGGGUCACAAAAAUGUAUGAAUGCCAGGCAUUUUCUACAUGAAGAAAGCAUGGCUUCAGGAAGAAAUGGUGCUUCCAACUUUGACUUGAUUUGAAGACUCUUUUUAUUAAGAUAUUAAUAUCGGCCCUUGGAGAUCUGUGCUUCCAGGGUCUUCCAGACAAGAGAACAGAGACUGGUUUGAUUGAAGUUGGCAAAUUGCUAUUUAAUCCUGCUGGGUCCCACUCUGAGCUUUAGAACGUUGGUGUACAACUUCUGAGUGAAAGAAGAAGCGUGAAGACAACAAUCAGGAUGAAAUUAAAGGUCAACCAAUAUAUGUGGCCCUUUGUACCACUAUAUCAGGGGUCUCCAAC